AUGCCACCUAAGUUGGACCCUAACGAGAUCAAAGUCGUAUACCUGAGUUGCACCGGGGGUGAAGUCAAUGCCUCAUCUGUGCUGUCCACCAAGAUCAGGCCCCCUGCGUCUAUUGAGGUGGUACCUUCUGCUUCUGCCCUGAUCAUCGAAGCCUUCAAGGAACCACCAAGAGACAGAAAGAAACAGGAAAACAUUAAACACAGUGGAAAUAUCACUUUCGAUGAGAUCGUCAACGUUGCUCAACAGAUGCAGCACCAAUCUUUAGCCAGAGAACUUUCUGGAACCAUUAAAGAGAUCCUGGGGACUUCCCAGUCUGUGGGCUGA